CACACACACACACGUGUUAAACAGCAGGUGUGUUUAUUUCUCUCUCCAGCACCAAUGAGAAGGCAGCAGCACAGACUGUUAUCCAAUCAGAGAUGCCGACACCCAAAGAGGAAAUUAACUCCAACCAAUUGGAUGCGAGGAAUAACACAGUGCUGCACCCGCUCCUGACCCCAAACGCCAGCCAAUCAGAUGAAACCUGCCCAGCCCCGUCCAAUCAGAACAAGUCUUGCCAAUGAGGCGGACAGACAGACAGGAAGACGGACAGACUGACAGACACACAUAAAACCACGGCAACACACCUGGCGUCAUCACGGCGGAAGUCAUGACAACGUGCACUCCCACUCUGGCGGGCGGGGCUUCUCUUACCGUUGCGGCGGCCACUGCCGUCUAUUGGCUGGCCCUCCUGUCACUCAUGCGGUUCCCGGGGGCAACGGGCGACUGCUGGCUGAUCGAGGGGGAGAAGGGCUUUGUGUGGCUGGCCAUCUGCAGCCAGAACCAGCCCCCGUAUGAGAGCAUCCCCCAGCACAUCAACAACACCAUCCUGGACCUGCGCCUCAACGAGAACAAGAUCCGCUCCGUGCUGUUCUCCGCCCUGGGACGCUUCUCCAACCUCACCUACCUCAACCUCACCAAGAAUGACGUAUCCUACAUAGAGGACGGGGCCUUCUCAGCCCAAUACAACCUGCAGGUGCUGCAGCUGGGCUUCAACAGGCUGAGGAACCUGACUGAGGGCAUGCUGCGGGGCCUGGGGAGGCUGCAGUACCUCUACCUGCAGGCUAACCUGAUCGAGAGCGUGAGCCCCAACACCUUCGAGGAGUGUCCCAACAUCGAGAACAUCGACCUCUCCAUGAACAGGAUCCAGCAGCUAGAUGGCGCUGUGUUUUCCAGCCUGUCCCGUCUGAGCACGUGCGAGCUGUACACUAACCCCUUCAACUGCUCCUGUGAGCUGCUGGGCUUCCUGCGCUGGCUAGCCCUGUUCCCCAACCGCACCAACGAGCGCAUGGCCUGCGACACGCCCACUGGCUUCUACGGCUACUUCCUGGUCAGCCAGAACCCCCGGCAGCCCGCCUUCCGCAACGCUCUGCACGUGCUCAGUAUGGUGUGUGAGGACAGCAGCGGCCCCCCGUACAUCGUGGGGGUCUUGGACGCCACCACCCGGCCCCCCCGCCCCCCGCCAUGUGCACUGGACGACUGCUACUCCGGGGACCCGCCCCCUGUUCCCGAGGAGCCAAUCAGCAUCGGCCCCACCUCCCUGGACUCGGGGCCGGACAUGCGGGUGACACAGGUGACUCCCACCAGCGCGGUGCUCUCGGUCCGGAUCCCCCAGCCCUUCAGGAAGAUGUACACCCUGGCCCUGUACAACAACAGCUUCUCCACAGACAUCCAGAAGCUGCACAGCCAGCAGGAGGACGUGGAGCUGAGGGACCUGAAGCCCCACACGCUUUACACCUACUGUGUGGUGUCGGUGCGCCACGCCCUGCGCCACAACCACACCUGCCUCACCCUCACAGUAGGAGGCAAGGCCGGGCCCGGACCUGCCGUCACCCAGUCGUCGGCGACGCUGUACAUCAUGGGUAUUCUGGGAUGUCUGUUUGGCAUGGUGGUGGUCCUGGGCGUGGCCUGCCACUGUCUGAGGAGGCGGAGACAUCGUGAGGAGAAGCAGAGGAAGAUGGAGAGGAUCCAGCGCACGCUCAUUGAGCUGAAGUACGGAGGAGGGGGUGUGGGCGAGCUGGAGGGAGGCAGGGGCUCACUCUCCCAGCUCUCCCAGAAACAGGGCCUCUCGGCUGGGGAAAGUCUGUCGCGCCUGCCCUACCUGGGAGGAGAGCUGGAACAGUACACCAUCCAGGAGAUCAUCGAGACUCCCAAGAACAAGGCCAGCUAUUUGGAGGUGCGAGAGAGAGAGAGGGAGAGAGAGAGAGAGAGGGAGAGGGGGAUGUCUCCUCCCACUCAGGGGUCGGUUGCAGAGAUUUCGACCAUCGCCAAGGAGGUGGACAAGGUUAACCAGAUCAUCAACAACUGCAUUGACGCGCUCAAGUCCGAGUCCACUUCCUUCCAGGCCGCCACCGGGGGUGGGGCCAAACCCAGCGCCAUGCCAACCUCCUCCCCCGGCCGCGACGCCCAGCUAAUGCUGAUCUCCGACCAACCCAGCAAAGCAGGGGGCGGGACAGGAAGCGGGGGAGGCGGCGGUUUCCUGUCCCCGGUGUAUAAAGGCGGGGCUUACCACCAUCCAAUCCAGCGGCACCACAGCAUGGAGGCUCCGCCCUCAAAGCGCCCCAGUGUCUCGUCCAGUGGGUCAGCCCGGAGCCCGCGGUCCUACCGGCCCCCAGGGGCCUCCACCCACGACCUACGGUACUCAGACCAAACCUCCAGCCCAGCAGGCGGUGCCGGAGACCCAAUCCUCACCGUGACGCCAGCGGCGGCCAUCUUGCGUGCGGAAGCCCAGCGUCUCCGGCAGUACCACGAGCACCGGCACUCCUACCCUGGGCCCCUGGGGCUCUGCCCAGACCUCCCAGCUCUUCCUGACCUCCCGCCCCACCUCCAGGCCCUCUCCCUGGGCCGCGCUGCCCGGGCGGAGCCCCCCUACCCUCCGCUGUCGCCUCACUACCAGAGCCUGAGCUCCAGCGCGGGCUCCAGCCCCGAGGCGUCCUGCGGGCCGGGCAGGGGCCUCUGGCAGCGCUUCAAGAUGCACCGGAGGAGGCACCGGCAGGAGGAGGAGUACGUGGCGGCCGGACACGCCCUCCGCAGGAAGGUGCAGCUGGCCCAGGAUGAGGACCUGCACGACAUCCUGGACUACUGGAAGGGGGUGUCCUCUCAGCAGAAGGCUUGAACUGGCGGGGGGCUAGGAUACACACUCUGAUACACACUCUGAUACACACACACUGAUACACACU